ACAGACGGGUCUGAAAAAAAUGCUCUAUAAAAGGAAUCCGAGAGUUUCCUUUCUUGGAGCCCGUUCUAGUGGUUUUGACAAUGAAGGGUUUUGGUGCACGGCUCGACUUCUUGGGGGGAGCCAAUCCUCGGAGCGGCCACGCCCCAUUCCUUGCACAAAUACUGGGAGCAUUCAUUCGUCGGCGUCUCGGCAGUUUUCCUUCUAUGGGAAAUGGAUACUGUAGGUAGGAUUCCUGGGGAUAUGACUGUACGCACUCAGAAAUGUUGCAAUUAGCUUCCCUGCGUCCCAGACCAGUAUUACCAGCCGAACUGCUGACACAAUUAGGUAUGUCUUUGGGAUUUUUAAAUGAAUACCUACACGUUCGAAGUAGCCUUGGACACAGAGGGAGAGAGAAAUCUGGCAGAUGUUGAACUAUUAGGCGCUGGUUUUGCCCCCGUCUGCUUUUGAGAAGUGUUGUGAAUCUAGGAGUCUGGGAUUUGCUGUCGCCUCACGUCCAUCGAUUUCUCACAAGUUUUAUGAACUGCAGCCGAAGUCGACUCUGAAUGACAGGUCAGUACCUCGGUUGAGAAAUGACCUUGGUGAUUUCGAUGAGCAGAUUAUGCGAUCUUCCUAUUGAAGAACCCUCAGAUAUCCCGCAAUACGUCCCCAGCUGGGAAGAAUCUUUCAGCAAAACCACAGUGAUCUCAGACCAGACUAAAUACGGAGAGCCCACAGAAUCACCUUGCAAAGGAAUCUCAAAUUUUCUAACAACGUCCAAGAUAGCAUACUUCAAACGGAAAUAUGUGGAAGAUGAAGAUCUUCAUCCACCUGCCCACACCUGCUGCCAAAGAGCACGGACCUUGGCUGUUCCUGAGGAUCGCGCCCACAUACUUCGUUUAUCACUGGAAAAGUUAAGGUUUAUUGAAGAUCCUGAAGUAUUUCUGCGGCGUUCCGUGCUGAUCAACAAUUUACUGAAACGGAUUCGAGGGGAAAUGCAGAAUGACUGGUAUUUGUCUGCCUGUUCAUUCGGGGAAACACCACCUCAUGAUUGGUUCGGAUCACAGGAAUCAACCUAUAGGAAGCGACUGCGGAUUGCCAAAGAGUAUGACAGCAGCCUGCAUGAUUGUUGUUUUUACCAAGACUGUGGUAAUCAAUAUUCAAUGAUACCUUUCUCUGUUUAUAAUGGAGAGGGAGCUCCCUCUUCCCUGCCUAGCUGUUCUCGUCAGAGUAUGGACUGUUCUGAAGUGUAUGGAGCCCAUAAUGCACAUCCCCGGAUUGAGGUGGCAACCAGUGCAGUAUCUGAUGUAUAUGAGAACAUUGGAAAGUUGUAUGAUAAGGAAAUCAAUGAGGAAGAUCAACAGCAAAAAGAAAGUAGCACAGUGAAACAUACUUCCAGUGAAAAGGCUAUCCCCCUUGUGUGCAGUGAUAAGGUGGUUGAUUGUAAUGCAACUGGCUUGAAAAUUGAUGGGAUGGUUCCAGCUGAAUCUCCAUUAGAUUCUGACAUAUUAAAGCAACACGUAGAUGAUCAUAAACUACGUUGUGUAAAGGAAACAAAAUUGGAAUCAUCUUGUUUUGUGAUGGCAGGGUCCAACAAAUUAACGAGUAUAGCAAAAAGCACAUGCCGGGUUAGUGACACGUAUUAGCAUAAGUGCCCAUGACAGAAGCUGCAGUUCAAUCUUUAUCAUCAUGCUGAUGCACUUUAUGCUAUUAUGGAGACAUGAUCCUGAAGAAAAAAAUAAUCGCAGAAGAAAAUAAACUUACAUAUUUUGGGUUUGUUUACUCAGAUUGUCUAUGACAUCAUGUUGAGAGUUUAUGUAAUAGGCUGUUGUCUAUACUAAAAUUAAGAAAAAUAUGAUCUAAGGUGCCUUAAAUUUGUUAUGACAGUGUUAAAAAGUUUGCAGGACAAUACAAGUCAUCUGUUGGGUUAAGCUGUAUGAAGUUUUAUACUAUUUUCUUACAUUUUAGCUUGCCACAGAAUGUAAAAUCCAAUCCAUUCAAAGCAAACAUUUUUGACUUUAUUUUAAAAUUCACACUUUGAUAAAUGUUAUGUAUAAUUUAAAUCUAUUCUAUGGAUAAUAUUCUCCUGUAGUCCAACAAUGGAGUGAUCAUUCCCAGUAGCAAGCUGCUUGAGUAUUUCCAUAGCAACAGAUAGACUUGCAGAGAAUGAAUUUUGUUUUGUAAGGUCUGAGAAUUGUUGGCUGACUUUGUUUCAACUACAUUCCUUUUAAUUGUGAUGCUCUAGUCAACUUCUGAACUCAGAAAUUAAUAUUUUUUAAAGCUAGUUUCCUGCUAUUUGCUGAAAAUCCCAAUCCAUUAUAAUGACGUAGCCAUCAAUGAUGACAGUAGCAUGAUGUCUUGGUUGUAGAGAUCUUCAGUUGUAACUGGAUAUUAAAACUGUGGGAGCAAUACCUAGUACAUCAGGGGAAUGGAAAAUGCUCUCCAUAAAACACUUGCAUUCAGAAUGAUCGUAUCCUUCAUUUUUAAGGCAUUUAAGCUUUUUUAUUGUGACAGUGGGCAACAUUUAUGUUUCCAAUGCAAAUUGUACAUGCUUUUUUUAACAAUCAAAAAAAAGGGGGUCCUUUUCCACGUGGUAUGAUAAAUUGGUACAUAUUAGUGUUUUACAGUAAAGUGUGAUUUACGUGUAAAAUAUUUAUUAAACAUUAGAACAUCUUA